AAAUGCACAAAAAAAUUCCAAGUGAAGUUGACCUUGAGAGAGGUGACGCAUUCGUCAAAAGGUCAAAAUACUGGCGGGAAAAGUAAAGUCUUCUAUACUUCGCGGGCUACCUGUGGUGUCAUUUUACAACAGGAUCAAAGAACCGUACCCGUCACAGUACCUGCUAUUGAAUUUUCUUCAUCUAAAUGCAUUGAAAAGCCACAACAAAAUCCAAAAGAAUGACUUCUCGUGGAGAAACAGACCCUGAAACWUCAGCUCUGAUCGAUCCAACUGCCUCAACAUCAAUCGAACACAUGCCAGACGAARAACAGCAACCGAGGUWCAAAGUUUACGSUCAUCGAUGGUACAUUCUURUCCUCUUCACUCUAUUUAAUGCSACUGGAAAUCUUCUAUGGAACACGUGGCCGCCUGUACAAGAAACUUGYCAAUUGGUUUUCGGCUGGAGUAAGACAAAUGUYCUGGUAAUAGGCGCUUUGCAAGCCGUUGGAUCAAUUCUCAGCGUCGUGCCAUCGUCCUGGUUUAUCGACACGAAAGGACUCAGGGUUGCUGUUCUUUCAUCACUAUCACUACAAGUUGUUGGAGUCCUAUGUGAAGUUUUCCCGUUACGUCCAUAUGUCUUACGUACAGCACUGAUAUCACUUGGAGAAUUCAUCAUUGCYGUAGCUGUCCCAGCCGUUCAAAAUGUAGGUGUUGUUGUCCUGUCCGCAACAUGGUUCCCACCCAAUGAAAGAAUGACWGCAACAGCUAUUGCAACUUUAGGAUCAUACUUAGGCUCUGCAACAAGUUAYGUUAUGGGUCCAUAUAUAGUCCCUGAUGUUGGAUAUGGUACUAAUAUCACUUAUAGUCACGGCGAAAARAUUGAUAUUGACCUCCUCCGUAAUGUGACAUCACAGAAAGACAUUGAAUACUUAGAAAGCAAAAUCAAUGAGUAUAUUCUUGCUGAGUGCGUUAUUCUUGGAAUAYUSUUCUUUGCUGCKCUUAUUUAUUUCCCCUCAAAGCCUCCAAGUCCUCCUUGUAAGUCWUCAUCUGUGGARCGGCUUGACUUUGGUGUUGGUGCAAGAACAUUGCURCAGAAUCRUCAUUUUUGGUUGUUAUUGGUUAUUUUCGGCGUGAGUAAUGGAAUCAAUUGGGGAUGGUCCAGUGUCCAGGAUUUGAUAUUUUCUCAUGUUGGAAUAAGUCAGAAAGCAGCUGGAUGGCUUGGKUUUUCUGGAAAUAUUGCUUCUCUGGUUGCAAUUGUCUUUUCAUGGUACACUGACAGAAUGAAGCGUCAUGCAAAGGCUAUUUURAUAUUCCUGUUUGUCUGCACCUCCACUGCUCAGCUGGUUCUCACUUUAGCUUGUGACCAAGUCAUUCCCCUCACACUCUAUACCUUCUAUGCUUCAGGCAUAACACAGACUGUUUUCUACUCCGGCACUGUGCCYCUUAUAAUGGAGGUUGCRGCAGAGUGUGCUUUCCCAGUCGCUGAGGGWAUAACAUCUGGAGUUCUUAUAYUGACAGUCUACUCAAUCAAUUUCUUGUUCUUCAUUGGUUUUAUGUUCCCACAAGCAAGUCCUCUGUGGAUGAACUGGUUGCUUGUUGGGUCGUCAGCAAUUUGCAUCCCCCUGAUAGCAUGUUAUAAGGGUGCAAGUAACAGGCUAUCAAUGGACUUAAAAACUAGUUAACAGAUUAUUUAUUUAUUUUAARACAUGUGCUUCACUGCAAUUUUAAAAAUAGUGAAACAGGUUAUCAUAGUGCUAACAACAUAAUGGCAGACCUGUGAAAUACACUCACUGAACAAUAGUUUCUCUAGUAUUAAACAGUAGUUGGGUUAAGGAGGGUGUAGCUAAAGGUGGACAAAAUAUAAUGAAAUUUUGUAAAAUUAUGUCAGUUACUCUCCCGCUAACCAAUGUUGCAUAAAAGUGUGAUCAUAUCUGCAUUUUAAAGGGCAACAUUGACUAGGGGUUUGGGAUACUACACCUACAUGCAGAAACGUUGUCAUAGAAAAUAGAACAUUUGAAUUUAGUAAAAAGGAAUAAAUUAAAACAGGACAAAAGAAAGCGGUCAGCCUCAGUAAUCUUCUUUUGUCUUGUUUUAAUUUAUUCCUUUUUACUAAAUACAAACGUCCUAUUUUCUAUGACAACGUUUCUGCAAGCAGGUGUAUGCAUGUUUUUGCAAUGUUUUUUUUUUUUAAUGUCCACAUUAUUAUUUUGUUUACGUUUUCUUGCCAGAAUCUCAUCGAUUUUUAAAAAGUCCACCUAUCAAGGGUUAUUUUUUGUGGCUAGUKCCUCKGAACGAGUCACAAGCGACUAUGCUAUCCCCUUGUAAUAAUUGGUGAUGUUCUUGCAAUCAAUUGGAGAAAAAAAUAACUUAGUUGUGACUUUAUUUAGUAAUCUGCUGAAAUAACGGCUUUAUUAUUAMACAAAUUCUUAUUUUUACUGUACUUCACACGUCACCAUUUGGUCUCAGCUUCUCGGCAUCCAAAACAAAUGCACGCGAAGGCGUUUUAUGUACAAACACUAAAACUGUGCAACAUAAAUACCACUAAAUACUGCUARAUUAUGCYAAUUCUAUUGUUUUCUAUUGUUUAGUUAACACURUUUUGUAGUAAAUAGUGGAAAGUGUUGCAUACAUUUAAUGUUUGUACUCUAUCUUAUCAAAAUAGUGUAAAUUUAUUUAUAUUUAAACAUGCACGUCAGUGUAAAAUUACGAAAGAAAUAAAAUGAAGUAAAAUAA